AUGGGAUAAAAAUAUCUCGAAGAAGGUAAACUAGAAGAAUCUUUAGAAUUUUUUCAUAAUGCUUCUAAUAUAAUAUAAAAUAUAUAUGGUCCUUUUUAUAAAGAUAUUGGAUUCUGUUAUAGUAAAAUAGCAAGUAUUCAUUAUAAAUAAGGAGAUAUUAUGAAUUCUAUUUUAUACUAGAAAUAAUCAAUUGAAGUUUUCUAAGAUUAUUAUGGCUUUGAUAGUUAUUAUACUGCUUAGGCAUAUUCUAAUUUAGGAUUUUUCUAUUUCGCUAUGAAAAAAUACAAGUUAGCUUAUAAAUAUAUAUAUAAAUCUUUAUUUGUUUUUGGAAUUAUUGGAGGUGAAUAAUAACCUGAUUCUUUCUUUUCUUUUAUGAAUUUAAGUUUAAUGUUGUAAGAAAAUUAAUAAUAUUAAGCAUCUCUUAGCUGUCUUUUUGAAUUGUUGGAAAGAAGUAUUAAUAUUUUUGGAAAGUAUCAUGGAAAAACUGCAUAAAUUUAUUAAUAAAUAGCUAUGACACAUUAUUAUAUUGAAGAUUUAAAAUAGGCAGUUGAAUAUUAAUAAAAAAGUGUUGAUAUUUUAGGAAAAGUAGUUUAAAAUAUUUUUUAUUAUUGCAUAUUAUAUUUUAUAUAUUAAUAAUAAGAAUAUAAACAUUUAAGACAAACAAUUACAAGAAGCGAACUAUUUAUUAAAAAAUUUUUAAUAAUUAUUAUCACAAAAAAAAAUUAAAUAUAAAAAUAAUAAUAAAAGUAAAAGUUAAAUUAAUAUUUUUAUAUUUUAUAAAAAUUAUCUAUAAUUUGA